AAUUAACCAGACAACGAAAACAAGUGUGGUAAUUCGAAGUACCACACAAGAAAGAAACUGGCAGAAAAAAAAGACAAGAAGAAUUCGCCUCUUGGGAAACAGGAAAGAAUUGUUGCAGAGUAGACGAAAACUUGGAGAAGAGAAAGGAACUGCCACAGAAGUGGGGAAGAGGAUGGCUGAAGAUGGAUUUGACCACCGGGGCGGCACCAACGCCUCUUCCCCCUUCCCUCCUCCUAAAUGGCGACAUCCUCUCCAAAUCUCGCCUCUUCCUCCUCAUUAUUCCAGCCUCGCCUCCUCCUCCCUCUCCGCCCCGGCCCCGCUCAAAACCCUAACCCUAGCGGCGGCGCCGCCGGCCACCAUGGCCGCCGACUACCGCACCCCGGACAGGCUCCUCCCCUCCGCCGCCGCCGCCGCCACGGAGGAACCGUCCCAAGAUCCGCCCAAGCCGGUCCUCGCCGCCGCGGGGCCGGCCGCCGCCGCGACCCACGACGGCCUGCGGUUCUGGCAGUACAUGCUCGCCGGCUCCGUCGCCGGCGUCGUGGAGCACACGGCCAUGUUCCCGGUCGACACCCUCAAGACGCACAUGCAGGCCGCCUCGCCGCCCUGCCGCCCCACGCUCUCGCUGGGGGCGGCGCUGCGGGCCGCCGUGUCCGGCGAGGGCGGCGCGCUGGCCCUCUACCGCGGCCUCCCGGCCAUGGCGCUCGGCGCCGGCCCCGCCCACGCGGUAUACUUCUCCGUCUACGAGUUCGCCAAGUCGCGCCUCUCGGACCGGUUCGGCCCCAAUAACCCCGCGGCGCACGCGGCCUCGGGGGUGCUCGCCACCGUCGCCAGCGACGCCGUGUUCACGCCCAUGGACACCGUCAAGCAGCGCCUGCAGCUCACCAGCAGCCCCUACUCGGGCGUCUCGCACUGCGUCCGCACCGUCUUCCGCGACGAGGGCCUCAGGGCAUUCUUCGUGUCUUACCGGACCACGGUGCUCAUGAACGCGCCCUACACCGCAGUCCACUUCUCCACCUACGAGGCGGCCAAGCGUGUCCUUGGCGACAUGGCGGCCGAUGAGGACUCCCUCGCUGUGCACGCCACUGCGGGUGCUGCGGCCGGUGCGCUCGCCGCCGCGUUAACCACGCCGCUUGAUGUUGUCAAGACGCAGCUGCAGUGCCAGGGUGUAUGCGGUUGUGAACGCUUUGCUAGUAGCUCUAUAGGAGAUGUGUUCAGAACAAUUAUAAAGCGUGAUGGAUAUAUUGGGCUGAUGAGGGGAUGGAAGCCAAGAAUGCUGUUCCAUGCACCUGCAGCUGCCAUAUGCUGGUCCACAUACGAAGCCUCGAAGUCAUUCUUUGAAAGAUUCAAUGAGAAAAGGAGAAAAUAGUUGGAGCAUUCUUUGAGGGUGUGUAUUUUCCUUCGAAGUCAAGUACUUCCAUACUGCGCUGUGCUUCCGCAGCUGACAGAAAGAGGCAGCGCCUGGACGAAGCUGUUGUGUGCAAGCAGAGGAUCCGCGUGGAAUGAUGCGGUGUGCAUCGAGAUCUGCCUAACGACGAUCUGUCUGUACCUUGUAUUUCUUUUCAGCUAAGUUAUGUGUAUCAUUUUUCCAAGCCCGGUCUGGGGAUAGAAGAUGCUAGAAAUAAUUUUGCCCGAGUUUGAUCUCAGCAUAUUGUUAUGGCUUGCUUUGUGCCAGAUUAUUCAUAAAAUGAAAGGAGAUUUUUGUUCUUGUUUUUUCC